GCGUGGCAGACUAUGGCGGACGAGUGGAAGGAGACGUGGGCGAAACGCGUGGCGGACCUGCAGGAGGCGAACAACUACAACGCGACCGAGGUGGCCGAGGAGCGGCGCAAGAGGAGGAUGGAGCAGAGGAAAUUGAAGAAGGCGACCCACAAGAAGCACGUUCGCUAUCUGCCGCCGGACGAGGCCGCGAAGGUGAAGGCCCGCGAGGAGCAGUGGGAGGCCAGCGUGGCGAAGCAGAAGGCCGAGGACAUGGAGAAGGCGGAGUCUCGCAAGGAGGCGUUCCGGCGCCAGGUCGAGGAGGCCCAGAAGAUCAUCGAGAACAAGAGGAAGGAGAAGCAGCAGCGCGCGGCGGAGGCCGACGAGGCCGCCGACGACGAGCUGUCUGCGGCGUAG